AAAUCCGACGUAGCUGAUUCAGUAAAAUGGCGUCGCUUGUACAGGAAGGGACUGUUUGGACGAUUUUCUAUUGACAUUAACUGAAUGUUAAGAAAUUAGCGGAAAAACCACCAUGGAUGUUAAAUAAUAGAACUUUAAUUGAUGUGUGCGCUUUUAAAAAUGAAUCGGACAAAUUAUGUGCGUUGUUUACCAUGUAAAUUGGCGCUGAUCUUGACGGUAGCUGCUUUAUUAACACCGCCAACACAAGGUCAUGGAGUUCUGGAAUUUUCCGUGGAACCCUCCGAUACGGUUGUGGAAGCAGGACAAUCAGCAGUUUUGGACUGUGUGGUUAGAGCGUCUCAUCAUCAGCAGAGCGUUCUGAUCACUUGGUUGGACGAAGACGGAUCCAAGCUCACUUUUUUGAGCGAUGCAUACAGGUCUCAGCUCACCAACGGCUCUCUCUACAUAAACAGUGUGGUAGAAGGCCAAAGACUGACGGGAAUUUACCAAUGUAUGGCCACAUUGCCGAAUGUGGGAUCAAUAGUUAGUAGGACCGCAAAACUUGAUAUCGCCAGAUUGAAUGGCUUCCACGAGGAACCGCACGAUAUAACUGUGUAUGUUGGACAAAAGGCCCAUUUUUCCUGCUACGUUGACGCCGUUCCAACCCCACGAAUACGAUGGCUGAAAGACGAACGACCACUCCAGAUUGAUGAUCUUCGAAUGACGAUUUUGCCGUCUGGAGCUCUGGAAAUCGAUGAAGUUGUGGAAAGCGAUCAGGGAUCAUAUAGAUGUAACGCUUCAGGGUUCAAUUCCUACAUAUUGAGCAACAAAGCGAUUUUGUACAUAAAUGGGGACCAAGAACAAGCUGCACAUGUUGCGCCUCCGACUUUUAUUGCUCAACCAAAAGGGGCCAUCGCAGUUGAGGGCCAGAACAUAUCGCUGGAUUGUGCUGCGAAUGGAAACCCAAAUCCUACCAUUAGAUGGCUGAAGGAUGGAUUUGCCAUUGAUAUGAAUGAUUUAGAUAGUAGAUUUGCCUUAGUUGGUUCCACCAGCUCGCUGCGAAUAACCAAAAUCCAGGAACAAGACGGUGGCACCUACCAGUGCCGUGCAGAAAAUCGAGAAGAUAGUUUAGAUGCUUCAGCUGCCAUUGAAAUUCAAGUGCCUCCAAGAUUUCUCAAAAAGCCCAAAGAUUUGACUGAUUAUUCGUCAAAAGACAUAGAAUUAGAGUGUAGCGUGUAUGGGAUUCCUCAGCCAAAGAUCCUAUGGUUCAAGAAUGGGGAACUAGUUAGGGAUUCUGAAUACUACCAGCUUGUUAAUGGGAACAACUUGAAAAUUGUGGGUCUUCUAACUGAGGAUUCGGGAUUGUUUCAAUGUUUCGCCUCCAAUCCGGCCGGCAAUAUCCAGGCUGCAGCCAGCUUGAAAGUCUUGCCAAGCCCUGAGAUUCGCUCGACAACCCCCACGAAAGAGAAAAGAAAGCGGCCGAAGAAAGUGCAAGCGAAGUCCAUGAACCCCUAUAAACAACACUCGAAAUUUCUGUUCACUUCGCUUAUAUCUGAAGACCGGGAGCUGGGCGACAUGGAUUUCGGGCAUUUGGUGAAACCGAGCGUGCAAAGUGGCGCAAUGAAUAUCGACCCUCAAAGCGCCUUUAAUAGUCUCAAGAGCGAAAACGAGCAAACAGGUAAUUCGGGGAAGAAGAUAAGCGAAGGCUUGCCCGGACCCCCUCUUGACCUGAAAGCGGUUAUCAUCAAGGCCAGAUUUGUGAUUUUGAGCUGGAAGCCUCCGCAGGAAAACAGUCAACUUGUGGAGGCUUAUUCGACGUAUUUCAGGCAGGAGGGCAGCAGCAGGGAACGUUGCCAAAACACCAGCCGAUCGAAACUGGAGGAAAUCCACAUCGGAGAUCUCUGGCCUGGCAAAGUUUAUCAUUUCCGAGUGGUUCCGCUCAGUGCAAACGGCGCAGGAGUGUCUUCGGAUAUUUUAACAGUCACGACCCAGUCAGAGGAGCACGUUCCCAGUGCGCCCCAAAAUUUCAUCGCCUACGCCACAAGUCCAAGGAAAAUCCACAUUAACUGGAAACCCCCAGAAAUAGCCAAUGGAAAGAUAUCGAAAUACACCAUUUACUAUAUGGAGACUACGUCUUCAGUGGAGCACAGUGUGGACACAACAGAGGCGUUUUUCGAAUUGAACAGCCUCAGCCCCAAUAUUGAGUACAGCAUUUGGGUGGUGGCAGUGAACGAAAAAGGCGCGGGCGCCGCCACUGAAGAGAAACUCGUCCGGACCUUCAGUGCACUUCCUUCAGAUGCCCCGAGCAAUAUCACCUUUGAACCGUCCAGCACCAGUAUCGUAGUUAGGUGGGAGCCGCCUCCUGUGGAGGCGCAAAACGGCGCCAUCCUGGGCUACAAGAUCAAAUAUAGGAAAGCCGGGAAAGGCAGAAGCACCAUUUAUACGACUCCAGCCAGUGAGCGCCACUAUGUGAUUAAGGACCUGGAAAGAGGUUCCGCCUACCAGAUCAGACUGUGGGCGAUGAACAUCAACGGCACCGGGCCGGCCUCUGAAUGGGCAGAAGUCGAUACGUUCGAGAACGAUCUGGAUGAAAGUGCGGUGCCUGGCGAACCAUCCGGGUUGAAAUAUCGCGCCACUUACGACAAGUUGUAUGUGAUGUGGUCGCCUCCGGAGAACCAAAACGUUAGAGUGCGGCACUAUAUAAUUGGCUGGGGUAAAGGAAUCCCAGAUAUUUAUGCGACUGAAGUGGAUGAGAGGAACCGCACUUUCAUCAUAGAGGGACUAGACCCAAACUCGGAAUACGUGCUGAGCAUUCGAGCUAGCAACAAUGUGGGUCCAGGCCCUUCAAUCUACGCAACUGCAAAAACUCAGGACGAGCCCCCGCCUGAGCCUGCCGCGGCUCUGAUGCCGCCCAUCGGCCUAAAGGCGCAAGUUCUGAGCACAACCUCUGUGGUUCUCUACUGGACUGAUCCUACUUUGAAGCAGAGUCAAUACGUGCGAGACACGCGAUACUAUAAAGUUAAGUAUACAGCGGAUAAUUCCGCGAAAACCAAGAUUCUGAACGUGACGGGGUUGAAUGUGAUGAUCGACGAUCUGAAGCCGAACACUUUGUACGAGUUUGCAGUUAAAUUAGUUAAAGGUCGCAGGGAGAGCUCUUGGAGUAUGGUAGUGCAAAAUCGCACCUGGGAAAUGCCCCCCGACGUCGCACCCAGAAACGUAGAUGUGCACUUGAAAGAUGAAGACUCACAGCUGGUUGAAAUCACCUGGCUGCCGCCCAAGACCUCAAAUAGUCGCACCACUGGCUACGUAAUCCUGUUCACGGAAAACAAGAAUAAAACUGAUGCCCUUUGGCAGGCGCUGGCCGUCAAGGGCGAUAAUCAUUCGAGUAUUAUUUAUGACUUGAAGCCCUUCACGGUCUACUACUUUAAAGUUCAGGCGCGCAACAGUCGGGGCUAUGGGCCCUUUUCCAGCAUCGUCUCGUUCCGGACAGGACAAAACGUUGCACGCCAUGCGCCGAUUCAAGGAAUUACAGCUAUUGCUACGCCCAUUAACCCAGCCACCCUCAGCCAGUCAAGUUCCGACUCAACUCCGUCCAGUAGACCAAACUACCCCCGCACAAACUAUCAAGUGCCACGCACUCAUAUUUCCCUUGAGUCUACACCCAAUAAUGUUGCGGUGGAGAACGUGUAUUCCGCCCAUCCGGGCAGCGCAUCCACUUACGACGGCUCAGGAGUUACUUCCUCAGGUUACUUAAGCCAACAACCUCCUCCUGGAAGCACGUACGCGCCGGGGAUGAACGUUCUUGCAGAGUCGCAGGCUUCCAAAAGGAUUCAAGCUCAGCCGCACCCUCUUAAGAGCUUUACCGUACCGGCUCCGCCUCCUGUAUCAGCGCCAGGCACUCCGCAGCCCAAACAUAUAGGUAAUUUUGGUCGCAUUAAACCGGGACAUUUGCUGAACAUCAGCAACCAUUCAGUUACAGUUAGGCCUACGUCGUCGCCAUACAAAAAGCCUCCCGCAAGCAGUACGAGUAACCUUACAAACACGCCGCCUUCUCGCAUAAAUGCGAGCAACCCGCCUCCUCACACUGCUGAGGAGGUGCAGCGGUUGCAACCGUCUCAUUCCACCGAGGAACUUAAUCAAGAAAUGGCCAAUUUAGAGGGCCUCAUGAUGACGCUAAACGCAAUAACCGCUAAAGAGUUCGAAUGCUAGAAGGAAGUCGCUGUUUGAUGUAAGUUUUUUUCGUUUUAUUGUUGAUAAAAUAUUGUUUUGUGUACAAGAUUGCCUGUUUUUCUGCGAAUUUUUUUGAUCAACACCCAAGCAAUCGGGAACUUAACGUAAGAAGAUUUUUUUUAUAUAGUUUUAAAACACCGAUAAGGAAUCUUGUACAAUCUGAAGACUGAAGUUAAAUUAUUUGUUAUUGAAUUAUUUGUUGAUUUGUUUUGGGAGACGCAGCUAAUAUAACACGCCAACUACCUUGUAUACUUAAAAUGUAAACACUAAUCACAAACAAAAUCGGCCUCUAACACUGUAGGAAUGUAAGAUAGUAAACCGAUCUCAAAUUAGGCGACUCGCAGGAUUUUUUAUGUUCGAAGAAUAACAGUUCUUGUUCAGAGCAUUUCCGUCAAUAUAUCUAGCAAUUUUAUAGAGAAAUGACCGCAAUUCAACGCAAGAUUUACAGCUGAUGUGUCUGUAAGUAGCUGCAAAAACAGUAUGAUUAAUCGGCCUCUGCUUACAUGGGAAAGGAAAAUUACGUUUUAGGCAAUUUUCAAACCGCAAAGAAUUUAUUUUAGUUUAUUUUAAGACAAGCAAGCUUUUAGGUAAAACUAAGUAAACUAGUUUGCUAUGCAGUGGACGGUGUGUUAAUUUCAUCGCUACUCAUUGCAUGAGUGGAUAAGUAUUUUAUUUCCAUAUGCCUUACUUUUAGAUUUUAUUAACGGGGCUACUAAACUGGCUGUUCCUUGUACAUAUAAAAUUAAUUAAAAUCGCUUUAGGGAGAGAAGAUGUAAAUAUCAAAAGCUUGCCGAUAGCCUCAAGACUUACGGAAUUGAAUAUAUCAAGUACCUGCAGUCAGAAGCUGUUGAACGCUUGAUUUUAUUCGAAAAACAUCCAUCUGACAUAGUUCCUUUUAGUUAACGCACACACGUGCUAGUUUUAUUGGACUGCUCUCAUAAUCUUGCCUCUCAGAACGUUUUUUCUCCCCAAUUAUGUACAUAGUAAUCCAAUAUCGGUCUGAUAUUCAAUUUUUACGCGAAAACUAUCAGUUUUUCGUAACUUUUUGAAAGGUUUGACCAAGAUUUCACUGCCUAAUAAAAUUUUUAAGCUUUAUUCUAUUUAGAUAACGCGUGAUAAGAAUCUCAUAGAAGAAUGGUUACUUUUAUAAAAUAGCUCAAGAUCAGAUUUGUUUUUUUUUUCAUGUAAAAUUACUGUUCGAGGACGAACGUAAUGCCGCGUCUAGACCUAACGAGCCAAGCCUGAGCUGCGGAAAAUUAUUUAGACAAAGGAAUUCUGCCGCGGCUCAGGCUCUGUUCGUUACGUCUGGACGCAACAGAUUGCAAUUAAUGACCAUUUUAUUUGUAGUAUAAUCCAGUUUUAAGUUUAGGUAGGAAUUUUGUACAUAAACAUGUACAAAUUACGCUAGAGAUAACAAACGUUUUGUAUUAUUGUAGAUGCAACUUUGUUGUCUAAGCACAUUUUAUAUAUUUUUAUACAGUAGUACAAAAUGUUGGCGAAACUGUGUCCCAUGCGUUUCAGGCACUUACUAUACAUUUAUAUUUGCUUUGUACAUUGUAUUGUGUUAGGAUGCCAUUUUCUUAUCGAUCAAGGUUUUUACAUAAUAAUGUUUUACCAGUUGAACAGUUGACCUGGGGAUCCGACGUAAAACGAUUAUUUUGCAAAAACCUUCUCUAUUAUAAUCUUGUGAUGUGUAAAAGUUUUUAUAUUUAAUAUAUUUAUUAAAAGUUUAAUAUACGGCGGUAGAAAGUAUGCUUACUUUCGGCCCAUAACAAGUGUGUAUUACACAUUCUGCCUAAGGCCUUGUAUAGGAGGUAAGACCGGGAAUAUUUUAUAAAAUUGAAGUUUUUUACUCGUAAGUAAGUAAUAUCUAUAAAUGUGACUGAAAAAUAAAACAUGAUGUUUUAAUAUAAACCGAA